CAAUAGCCGAUGAUUAAUGACACAAUGUUCUCUAGUGGUGUUGUUAUAAUUACAUACUUGUGGUAUCCCGUUGAAGGGACAUACGUUUAGAAAACCAAAUUUGUUUUAUGUACAUUGAAGACUAGGUUAUAUACUAGCAUAUAUUACCAUUACAAAGGAGUCGUCAAGAGCGCUUGUGUAUUCCGCGUCUUUGAUGUGUGGCAUGAAAUCAUAACCUGCAUUGUGUUCCGUGUUUUGAUUUCUAAGACAAGUUCUGAAACAAAUCGACCGUGUCGUCAAUUCAUUGCCUGGUCUGGCGGCCACAGAUCAGUGAACCGAGGGUGUUACUUCGUUGUUUUCACUUCAUUAUAGAACUCGUCUGUAUGUCUCCAGUCAUGUCAACUCACUCAGUAUUCCCGGUGAUCGUCCUAUGUCUCAGUGUUAGACUGACUGACAGCGUCAUCUCUCAGAAGGACGUCCUCGCAAGAAUGUUCGAUCCCGCUGUCUACGACAGCACCAUCAGACCGGGCCUUGAUUCCGGUGAGCAUCAACGGCAACAUGUCCAUAUCACGUUAAAGUAAGCCCGUUUCAGUACAAGUGGAUAUGGUGAUCAAUUCAGUAGGUCCAGUCAACGGCAAGGACAUGGAUUACGGUAUCAGCAUGUUCUUGCGACAAGAGUGGACCGAUCCACGCCUGGUGUUUAAUGACUUCAACAAGAGCCUUGUGCUUGGAAGUAAACUUCUAGCAGACAUUUGGGUCCCGGAUGUGUACUUCGCUCAGUCCAAGAAGGAGCAUCGUCACAUUAUCACGACCCCGAACGUACUGCUACGACUGACACCUGGUGGUAGUAUUCUUUAUAGUCAAAGACUCUCUGCUACAAUUCAGUGUCAAAUGGAUCUGUCAAAGUUUCCCAUGGAUUCUCAAAAGUGCAAACUGAUGCUAGAAAGCUAUUCGUUCACCACUGAUGACCUUGUGCUCCUGUGGUCGAGCAAGCGAGCGGCGACCUCCGUCCUACCCAAUGCCUACAUACCAGACUUCCUGCUGAUAAACACAACAACUGGGGAAUGCACCACCACGUACGCCACUGGUACGUUCCCGUGUUUAAAGGUGGAGCUAUUUUUAGAGCGGGAAAUCGGCUUCUACAUCACACAGACGUAUGUUCCCAGCAUCCUCAUCGUGAUUCUCUCGUGGGCCUCGUUCUGGAUCGACCACCAGGCGGUUCCCGCCCGGAUAUCCGUCGGCCUGCUCACAGUGCUCACCAUCACCACGCAGAGUUCCGGUGCACGCGCACAGUUACCGAGAGUUCCCUACAUCAAGGCGAUCGACGUCUGGAUGUCCGUCUGUCUGGUGUGUGUGUUUGCGGCUUACAUGGAGUAUGCUGUCGUCACAGUCUUGUCGCGAAGAUAUAAAAAGUCUGAAAAGGAAAAACAAAUGGCUAUAGAAGACGCGGUGUCUGUGACUAACAUCGCUCUACAAGACGGUCAGAACGGCUCACCGCCAACAGCAAAAGGAACAAAACCAAGCAAAACAUCGGACAAAAACACUGGUCGAAUUGUGGACAAAAUCGCGCGAAUAUUGUUUCCUACUGCUUUCUUAAUAUUCAAUCUAAUUUACUGGUUUUACUACCUUUAUUUAGCAGAUUGAAAUAUUAUAUAUUCCAUAUGACCGGCGCCACGUUCGGAGUUGCAAAUUAACAAUACAUUAAUCUGACCCGCAGUUAUCUUGUAAAGAGCAAUCGAGAACACACACACACACACACACACACACACACACACAGUGUACACACACAUACACAGUGUACACACACAUACACACACACAGAGAGACACACACAAACACACACACACAUACCUGCGCGCGCAUUUGCUCGUGCAUACACAUAUUACAUACAUACACGCAUACACGAACACGCACACACACGCACACGCAUACACAAAGGUAAAAGUACAGUAAAGUACUUUUAGAACAAACACGCUUACACCAAACUACUGUAAUAGCUUAAUACGCACUACCAGUUAUGUAACUGUAUCACUGCCUCAAACAGUGCAAUUAAACUCUCAACGAUUUACACUUAUGACAUCUAAUCUUGCACCAGAGGCUGAACAAAACAGCGCUAGUUUUUUUAGCGGCCGGUGCCGGAAGUGUAGCAUUUAUCUCUAAGGGUAAAAUCGAUCAUUAUCUUAUAUGUUCAUGAACUGAGCACCCCAAGGACUAAUUUCGACCAUAGUAACAGAUGCUGUUCUUCCGACAAUUCUCUUUUGAUGGUCUCUGUUGCAGGAUUAAUUAUAAUCAUUGCUACAAAUCAUUAUUAUAGGCCGAAAUUUUAGAACGCACCUUAAUGUAUGCGAACAACGCUUAUGCAAUGUUUGUAUGCAAAACUGUACGCUUAUGCAAAACAUAUAUAGAUAUAUAUGUAUAUAUUGCUUCUCAACACACAGUCAUUCAUCAUUGCCCUAACUACUUAAUUAGCUUUUCAUAAGGCUGUAAAAAUAAAAAUAUAAUUCAUCAUUGCCCUAAUUUCUCAAUUAGCUUUUCAUAAGGGUAUGGAAAUAUAUAUGUAAGGCGUGCACUACAACAGUUUGUUCUGACUGUGCACGUAAAACCCUAUGACACAAUAGAUAAUCAUCAUUGCCCUAACUACUCAAUUAGCUUUUAAUAAGGCUGUAAAAAUAAAAAUAUAAUUCAUCAUUGCCCUAACUACUCAAUUAGCUUUUAAUAAGGCUGUAAAAAUAAAAAUAUAAUUCAUCAUUGCCCUAACUACUCAAUUAGCUUUUCAUAAGGCUGUAAAAAUAAAAAUAUAAUUCAUCAUUGCCCUAACUACUCAAUUAGCUUUUAAUAAGGCUGUAAAAAUAAAAAUAUAAUUCAUCAUUGCCCUAACUACUUAAUUAGCUUUUAAUAAGGCUGUAAAAAUAAAAAUAUAAUUCAUCAUUGCCCUAACUACUUAAUUAGCUUUUAAUAAGGCUGUAAAAAUAAAAAUAUAAUUCAUCAUUGCCCUAACUACUUAAUUAGCUUUUAAUAAGGCUGUAAAAAUAAAAAUAUAAUUCAUCAUUGCCCUAACUACUUAAUUAGCUUUUCAUAAGGCUGUAAAAAUAAAAAUAUAAUUCAUCAUUGCCCUAACUACUUAAUUAGCUUUUAAUAGGGCUGUAAAAAUAAAAAUAUAAUUCAUCAUUGCCCUAACUACUUAAUUAGCUUUUAAUAGGGCUGUAAAAAUAAAAAUAUAAUUCAUCAUUGCCCUAACUACUUAAUUAGCUUUUAAUAGGGCUGUAAAAAUAAAAAUAUAAUUCAUCAUUGCCCUAACUACUUAAUUAGCUUUUCAUAGGGCUGUAAAAAUAAAAAUAUAAUUCAUCAUUGCCCUAACUACUUAAUUAGCUUUUAAUAAGGCUGUAAAAAUAAAAAUAUAAUUCAUCAUUGCCCUAACUACUUAAUUAGCUUUUCAUAAGGCCGUGAAAAUAAAAAUAUAAUUCAUCAUUGCCCUAACUACUUAAUUAGCUUUUCAUAAGGCCGUGAAAAAAAUAUAUACAUGUAACUGUUGCUGGACAGACAGCCCAGAUAGCUGAGGUGUGUACCUAGGACAGCGUGCUUGAACCUUAAUUGGCUAUAAGCACGAAAAUAAGUUGGAAUGAAAUGAAAUAAAGAAAUAGUAUUACCGAAGGACGAAAUAUACAUAUAAUAGUAAUGUGGAUAAAGAGAUUACACGGAAGUCUUUGUCCGCUAACAAAUAAACACCAUUUGUUUGCUAAUGUGAUUAUUCCCAAGGAAAAAGAGAAUAACAAUGCUUUAACAAUCCAUUAAUAAGUUCAGCCAACCAACCAUGUUUUGGUUCUAACGUCCAGCUGGUAAAUAUGUCCACAAAUUCCGUAAUUAUUUUAACGCUUUUCUUGUUAAUUAUGGAGGUAGUGUGUGUAUUAUUGUAUAUUAAUUAAGAUAUAUGUAUAUAAAAAAGUGCAUUAUCAUGAAUUGAUUAGUAAUAGUG